AAGUUGAGCGAGUAAAUUGUGACGAAAUGUGAAGUUUGAUGGCUAAUGGAAUAUUUAACUUCAAUAAUUCAUAAUAUUUACUUCACCAAACUCUUGAGCUUCCACCACAGAGAUGAUCCUCUACCUUCAAAUUCCCAUUCCGUCCAAAACCCCCAAUCCCCAAAAUAAACUAAAACCCCACCUUUCCGUUCCCACCGCCGCCACCACAUCUUCCAUUUCAACGGACUCCGGUCUUAAAUUCCGGCAGAAACUUAUCUACCUUCAGUCCCUCAAUAUAAAUCCCGCAAAAGCCCUCAAUGAAAACCCAAAUCUUCGUUCUUCUCCGCUCUCCACCGUUUACUCCGUUACCCACUGCCUCUCCUCCAUGGGCCUGGAAGCCUCUGCCCUCGGCCGCAUCCUGGAUAUGUACCCAUUGCUUCUCACCUCCGACCCAUACUCCGACAUUUACCCCAUUUUCGAUUUUUUAUUGAAUACCGUUGAAAUCCCAUUUCCUGAGAUACGGAAAUCUAUAAUUCGGUGUCCCAGACUGCUUGUUUCGGAUCCGGAAACUCAAUUAAAACCUACGUUUGAGUUCUUGAAGCAAUUGGGUUUCACUGGCCCGAAUAAAUUAACCUCUCAAACCACAUUGUUGUUGGUUUCGAGUGUUGAGUUUACACUGAUACCAAAGAUUGACUAUUUAGUGGAAGUGGGGUUUGAGUAUGAUGAGGCUAGGAAUAUGGUGUUGAGGUCGCCGGGGCUGUUGACUUUCAGCAUAGAGAAUAACUAUAAGCCAAAAGUGGACUACUUUUUGAAUGAAAUGAAUGGGGAUUUGGAGGAAAUAAAGAAGUUUCCGCAAUACUUUUCGUAUAGUUUGGAGCGAAAAAUAAAGCCACGGAACCGAAUUUUAAUGGAGCAUGGUUUUUCGAUGCAGUUAGCUGAUAUGUUGAAGGUCAGUGAUGGGGAGUUCCGUGCUCGGUUGAUUGAGAUGCAGUUGAAGUUGGUGGAGGAUAGGCAGUAGUGGUAGUAGUACGUUGAAUGGCUCAGUAUUACUGCAACUUGGUGGCAUCAUGCAGUCUUCGUACUGCUAGUCUGCAAAGGUAUCAACUGUUGAAGUACCAGACAUAGAAUCAAAGCACUAUCUU